AUGUCUUCUUCCUCUUCAUCUUCUUCUCCUCCUCCACUGGUAGGACUCGGAGACUGGGUACUCUCCAACGAAAACAAGAAGGGCUUCCACGACUUGCAUCUACCCCGGUAUCUCUGCUUCGCCAAAGAGACACCCGUAUCGCCCGUCCGGAAGGAUCGCAUGGUGACCGGCAGCUGCAUCGUGCACGUCAACGGAAGGCUAUACCUGAUCACCGCCGCCGCCAAGCCAGCCGAAAAGACCGCUGCCACCGACCCCAAAAAGGAAUUCGAGGUCCCGACACAGAUUUACCUGGGCACCGUGGCACAUUAUAAGGACGGAUACGCCAUCGUCGAUAUCGGCGAUUCCUUCUACCCCAACUCGGCCAUACUGGAAGCUGCCAGAGGAGGAGCCACUGCAACGACUAUCGCAUGGGAAUGGCUGGAUCGUGCCGCGGCACUCAAUUACCUGGGUUUGAAGCAUGAACCCCUAGUGACCCUCGAUCUCACUGUUGGUCAAUUAACCUUGAGAGGAGUCGAGCCGUUUCCUUUACGUCUGAAUGCGCUGUCGGAUCGCGACGCGCUGCCUGGCCAUGAUCUGCUCGGCACCUUGAUCGAGCAUGAGUCUGACGCUGUUGGCAUUGUUCGAACGACACGUACCGCAUGA